UUGGUCAUUUUCCCGUAUUAUGUGCACAGGACACGCGCUAAAAUCGUACGUAUGUGUCAUUAUUGAUCUGUCUAGAAUUUUGGAGCAAAUAUUAAAAAUGGAUAAUAAGUUGUUGAUGUUACAAGAAGCUAUUAAAAUUUUAAUGUGAGAACUCCAAUGUUACCUUAUCGGAAGAAGAACGAGAUCAACAUUAACCAAACUAAUUUAUAUUGUAUAAAACAAUGUCGAAGAAAAAAGUUCAAAGAAGUGUAUGGGUUAGACCAAUUUAUACUGUGGAACAACGGCUUCUUCAAGAAGACAGUGACAAUUUAGUUACAAUGUUAAUAACAGACCCAUCGUUGUAUUUUAAUUAUUUCAGAAUGCAAGUGGAUAUUUUUGAUAAACUGUUUACCUUAGUGGGUCCUAAAAUUGUAAAAGAAUGUAAUAUAAGGAAAUCAAUUCUCUCUCGGACACGGCUUGAAAUUUGUAUUAGAUAUUUAGCCAGUAGUGAUAGCAUUAAGUCUAUAGGAUAUGCCUUUAGAGUUGCUCCAAACACAGUUUCUAAAAUUGUGCAUGAAACUUGUAAUGAAAUUUGGAAAACAUUAAAAAAUAUAGUUAUGCCUGUAGCAAGUACACAAGAAUGGAAAACGAUAGGGCAAAAUUUUGAAAGACUGUGGAAUUUUCCUCAUAGUAUUGGAGCGAUCGAUGGAAGACACAUGGUUAUAGAAGCUCCUCCGCAUAGUGGUUCCAUUUAUUUCAAUUAUAAAAAAAUCUCAGUAUCAAUUUCAUCGGUGUUUCUGAUGCACAUUAUCGUUUCAUUUUGAUUGAUAUUGCAGCAGAAGGUCGUCGCAGCGAUGGUGGAGUGUUUGCUGAUAGCAAUCGGGAUUACAUUCAAACACUUUAAAUGUACCUUCCCCUGCUCCAGUUGGUGAAAGGGAGCUACCAUAUGUUUUGGUUGGCGACGAAGCGUAUCCUUUAGCAUCGUACUUGAUGCGACCUUAUCCAAGAAGAUCAGAUCUUGACUUAAGAAAAUAGGUGUACAAUUAUCGUCUCAGCAGAGCAAGACGUAUCAUUGAAAAUGCCUUUGGUAUUUUGGUAGCGAGGUGGAGAAUUUUUCGUAGGCCUAUAAAUACUUCCAUUUCUAGAGCAAAGAAGAUUGUAUUAGCUACAAUAUGUUUACAUAAUUUUAUUAUUACUAACGAAAUGGUAAAACGUCCCCAAGAAAGACAAUAUUUAUGUUAUAAUGAUUAUGACA